UGUGUUUUGCUUGUUUGAGUAGUUUGAUUUAAAUAGUUUGUUUCCUCCGACAUUCGCUUGCGGUUUUCGUUUGAAUUCUUUAGCGCGCUUAAAAGAUAUAGCAAGAUGAGUGAUAUGGCGAAGCACCAGUGUGGAACGGAAAAUUGCAAGAAGUCUGCUACUCUUCAGUGUCCUGUAUGCCUGAAGAUGGGCAUUCAGGGAUCGUAUUUUUGUAGUCAAGACUGCUUCAAGGGCUCCUGGAAGGAUCACAAGAUCUUCCAUCUCCUGGCUAAGGGCAAGGAAUCGAAUGCAUACAAUCCGUGGCCUUAUUAUACGUUCUCCGGCAAGUUACGUCCUUUUGAACAAACCCCAAGGCGCUUGGUUCCUGAGUCGAUUCCGCGACCGGACUACGCAGAUCACAAGAAAGGUCGAUCAGAAUCCGAAGAGGCCCUGCGGGGGAAUAACAUCAUCAAGAUUUUGGAUGACGAAGAAAUUGAGGGGAUGCGCGUAGCUUGUAGACUGGGACGCGAAGUUUUGGACGAGGCGGCUAGAGUUUGCGAUGUGGGUGUUACAACCGAUGAAAUCGAUCGCGUAGUACAUGAGGCUUGCAUCGAGAAGGAGUGCUACCCUAGUCCGAUGAAUUACUAUCAAUUCCCUAAGUCCUGUUGCACCUCAGUGAAUGAGGUCAUUUGUCAUGGAAUUCCGGAUCUACGUCCGUUAGAAGAUGGCGAUCUUUGUAACGUUGAUGUUACAGUAUACCAUCGUGGGUUUCAUGGAGAUUUGAACGAAACGUUUUUUGUGGGUAAUGUAAAGGAGCAGCACAAAAAAUUGGUGCAGGUUACCCAUGAGGCACUGAUGAAGGCGAUUGCAAUUGUGAAACCCGGUGAGCGCUAUCGUGAAAUCGGAAACGUUAUACAGAAGCACGUGCAUUCACAUGGCUAUAGUGUCGUCAAGAGUUAUUGUGGACAUGGAAUCCACAGAUUGUUUCACACUGCCCCAAAUGUACCUCAUUAUGCCAAAAACUCCGCAGUUGGUGUUAUGAAACCAGGCCAUUGUUUCACGAUUGAGCCUAUGAUAUCGGAGGGCACUUGGCGGGACGUUUCGUGGCCGGAUGACUGGACUGCGGUCACAGCCGAUGGUUUGUUUUCGGCUCAGUUUGAGCAUACCCUGCUCGUUACUGAAAACGGUUGCGAUAUUUUAACAAAGCGAAGAAAUGAAACUGGUAAUCCACAUUUCAUGGAUCAUAUGUAAUUUGCCGUGUGGGUGUCAGAAUUCAUUUAAACGCGAAUUAAACGAUGGCAGUCGUUCAUACUUUUUCUGUUGUUCCUUCAAAAUAAAUA